UAUAAAUAUUUUGACAAGUUCGGUUCUAAAUAAUCAUUACUAUAAAAGACAUAGAAAUGACUUCAUUUCUCUCGAGGCAAGAUAUGAUACCAGAAGCCUCAAAAAAGAAUCGCGAGGGUGAAACACGCGACACUAACCGAGGCACAGCUGUAACGAAUUGCGGUUGCUGUGUGGGAGUCGAGAGGGUGGUCGAUGAGCAGGCGAAGUUGACCUCUCUAACGAAUAUAAUAAUAACAAUAAUAAUAAUUAAACGAGGGGGGUUCUUUGUGGGCAGGCGGGUGAGCGUGCUCGCAGGCAAAGAAAAUAGAAUGGUACCCUGGUACCACCGGGGUGUCGAUGUAUCGGUGUGUAUCGGUGUCAGAGGCGCAGCUUGUAGGCACGAGACAAUGCGAACGCACACCUGCUGCUUGGGUUGUUGGGCCGUCGGGCGGUUGGGCCGGGCCAACGCGCCGCUCGGUCCGGCCCAUUUACCCCCGACCAUUUACGGGAAAGAGUACGGGAACGAUAUAAAACUGCCGGGCGGGCAUGUGCUCGUGCCAGUUGAGCUUUCGGCGUCGGCGAAAAGUGAUUCUCCCGCGGGGCCGCGCAACGUCGGCCGGUUCGGUGAAUUUGAACCGAGUAAGAAGAAGUCAUCGAAAUCGACGAUCAAAAAUCAAUACUUUAGUCCGCACAAGUCUGGCUAGGCGUACCAGUCUGGCUAGACUGUGUGCUUCCCGUGGAAACAAUGACCGGGAUAACGUGGUUGUUUCGCGUCACCUUCCCUUUCGUUUCCGUGAUAAUAAGCGCGAUCGCGAUCGGCGAGGUUCGCGGCGACGAGAACGCGUCGGACGCGAUAAGGUCGUUGCAAGAGCAAGUGACCGCGCUGCUGGACCACAGGCAGCAGGAUUACAAUGCCCUCGAGGAGAGCUUGAAGCGCGCGAUGGAGAAAAACACCGAGUUGUUCGUCCUGAAGAACGAGGUGAAACAACUCAGAAAGGAGGUGGACGCGCUUCGCGGCGGAAAUGCCAGCGGGAACGAGGCGAAGAACGAGAGACUGCGAGUCAGGUGGUUGGGCAGCGCGGUUACCGAACUGCAGGGUGAGGUCGCCGACGUUCUUCGAGCGAGGAACAUCAGCGAGGAGCUGGCCGAGAGGUUCAGUAUGAAGGGCGAGCUGACGUUGCUGAAGGGUGACAUAGCCGCGGUCGGCCGAGGAAUUCGAAAUCUUGGCGGCAGAAUCGCCAAACACGAGGCCAUGCUCGGAACGAUUCGCGUCGAUAUCUCCGCGAUCGGGGAACGUUUCAGCCUGCUAUCUCGCACCUGCGCCGACAUUGCCAGUCAGCUGAGCGCGGUUCAGAUCGAGGUGAAAUCGAUGGGGUGCGAGUCGUCGACAGCCGACGCUGGCAAGGGUAAACACGUGGCGGGAGCGACGGCCACGACCGACAGCGUGGCGCAUCACAGACUAUCGCGACGGCACGGUUAUUCUCGACGAAGCGAGGAUCGCCUGAAGAACUUGGAACGGAAGGUCGCGGUUCUGGCGCAGAGGCGGCUGGCGCAGCUGGACACGAAACGGGUGGCGUACGAGAAGGGCGAGUGGCUGACGUCGAACCUGAGCAAACGCGUGAAGAGCUUGGAGAAGAAUCAGGUGGAGUUGUCGCGUCGGGUUUCGAGCGCGAACGAGAACGCGAUCUCGACGAAGCAGAUCGGCGAGUCGGUUGGCUCGCGGCUGGUGGGCUCGCUGCGAGCCCUCGAGGAGAUCGUCGAGACGAACAAUUCUGCGAUCAAAGGUGAACUGGCCAGACUGGGCGUGAACGCGGCUCAGAAAGCUGCGGAGCUUUCGCUGACCCGGGUGGAGCUGAGCAACCUGCGACGAGCCGUGCAGGCGCUGAGCGUCAGCGCUUCGAAGCUGCAAGAGAAGAGCGACCGGCAGCAGGAAGCGAUCGAUCGAUUGAACGGCAGCCGCUUCGCCGAGUCCAGAUCCUCGCCGAACCAUCUGGAGCUGGAGCUCGAGCAGCUGGAGGAUCGAUAUCACCUGAUCGUCGACAAGCUACCGGACAGCUGCGAGGAACGAUCCGCGGAUCGAUCGACCGGCGUCGACGGGCUGAGGCUCGUGGAAGCCGGCCGAGGCCGCAAGCCCAUCAUGGUCUACUGUCGCAACGGAUGGGUGGUGGUCGCGCGUCGCAUCGACGGCACCUUCGACUUCGAUCGCAGCUGGAACGACUACUCUCUCGGCUUCGGCUCGCCGGUCGGCGAGUACUGGAUCGGCAACCAAAUUCUGCACGAAUUCACCCAGGACAAUUGCACGCGGUUACGCAUCGACAUGCUGGACAUUUACGGCGAACGCUGGCGCGCCGAAUACGACUCGUUCGCGAUCACCUCCGCGGAGACCGGCUACAGGUUGCUCGUCGACGGCUACGUCGGGAACGCGACCGACGCGAUGUCUUAUCAAAACGGGAUGCCGUUCAGCGCCAAGGAUCGCGACAUGGACGAUAGCACGGCCCACUGCGCGGCUAACUAUCACGGAGGAUGGUGGUUCAACCGGUGUCAGCACGCGAAUCUCAAUGGAAAAUACUCGCUGGGUCUCGCCUGGUAUCGCUCGGACACCGAUCAGUGGAUGUCGAUCGCCGCCUCGGAGAUGUCUAUGCGUAGAAAUCCCGACUGCCCUCGAUCGCGGUAGCGUUCGAUUCUAUUUUCUAUUUCUACCGGGUCGAGUCGUAAGCGAUUGCCGGCUUUUAACGAACUAUGGGGACAGUUCUCGUUAUACAGGGU